AUGACGCACCAGCCUCGUCUCCCCGUCGAGCUUAUUCUGCAAAUUGUGGAAGCUUCGUUGUCGAUCACAAAUCUCCACGCGAUAGUCGAUGUAUCGCUACCAGAGGUCCAACUACUUGUCGCCUGGUCACAGGUCUGUCGCGCGACCUAUGGGACUGCGACUCGGCUAUUAAGGCAGCAUUGCGUCUACUUGGACAGCCACAAAAGGAUCCAGAAGUUCUGGAACUGCUUGUCCUUCGCCAAGACAUCUACCCCCAGCACGAAUCUACCGCCAAUCAUACCCCUCGAAAACACCUCGUCUCUUUACCUGGGCGUUUGUACCCCGGCUCCUCAAGAGUCGGCAUUGCUGGGGUCGCUCAUCCGCAAGGUGCUCUUUGAGCUUGGCGGCUCAGUACGCCGACUGAUCUUGGAGCUGCCAGCUCCCAGGUUCGCCCAGGAGAAUGAGCUUGACCCGCACCUUGGCCAAGGCCUAUUCGAUGGACUUGGUGCCCUCAGCAACGUCGAGGAAUUUGUGACGGUGGGAGGUCUGCGCACCGUGGACUUUUGGACGAAUGACUUGGGCAUCUGGGAACGAUGGCCGAAACUGCGAAGCCUGGCGGGCUUCCAGGUGGACCUCGCUGAGGAGGACCUAUGGUACCGUGUGGCCAGAGCAAGACACCUUGAACACAUGGUGAUAGCCCGGCCCCGUCUGUAUAGAAUACAGAGAUGGAACUUCAAGGAGGCCAUUGGACAGCACUGGCGGCUCGAGACCGGAGGCGACCCGAAGCUGGCGAGGCCGAUGAGUAUUGUGCUUGCGGAUCACGAGUUCACGCCGUCGUUGAUCGAUGAGACGGACGCGAAUACACAUGACCCACAUGGUCUCGUGUCUGCCGUGAAGUUUUCAGUGCCCAUGUUCGGCAAGCAGUUUGUGAGAACAGACCAUGCGUGUCGUGAGUGGAUGAUGGCUGCCAUGAAGGAGGGCACUCUUUGGGAGUAUGGAAAGGCAGAUACUUUCGACAUGUAG